AUGUUAUUUAUUCGUGCCAAUUCACCUAGCAAUACUAAUCUGUGGUUAAUGCUAGUAUUGAAAACAAUUUUAUGCGGCAAACCCUGUGCCGAGCGAAAGAUUACGGGCGCCGACAGCGUAUGCGUCUGUAACCAAACCUAUUGCGAUGACUUCCCGCAGCUAACUCUCCCGAAGGCCGGCGUUGUAUUGGUCUACGAAAGUGGCAAAAGUGGGCACAGGUUUCAGGAGACGCAACUCAAACUUCAAACACAUACCAGUCCUCAGACCACCAGAUCUAAUAAAGACACGCAAAUCAUAACAAUCGAUAAGAACCAGAAAUAUCAGAGUAUUAUUGGUUUUGGCGGCGCCUUCACCGAUGAGUUCGGUAUGGUUUUGAACGCCGUUCCCAAACAACUGUCCACUUAUUUGAUGGAAAGCCUGUUCAGCAAAGAUGGUAUCGAGUAUAAUAUGGGACGACUACCGGUGGCCUCCACUGACUAUUCGUCCCGCCAUUACACGUAUGACGAUGUGGUCAACGAUACACAACUCACCAAAUUUGCUUUGGCUAAGGAGGACAUGGAGCUCAAGAUUCCUCACAUAAAAACCGCCCAAACCUUAAGCACGAAACCAUUGAAAAUAUUUGGCAGUUCAUGGGCUGCACCCGAUUGGAUGAAAACCGGUCCCGAAGGACCACUUCGCAACCAAUUGAAAGGGGAGACGGGAGGGGAGUACUACGAUAUUUGGGCUAAUUAUCUGGUUAAGAUUGGUUUAUAUAAGGCCCAGAAUAUCCCGAUCUGGGGGCUGACCACUCAAAACGAGCCGACGUGGGGCCGCGAAUUCAAACCGAACGACCUGUUCUUUGAUCCGGAAAUGCAAAGAGUGUUUGUCCGCAAAAACUUGGGACCACUUCUCAAGAAGUCUGGCUAUACUCCCGACAAACUAAAACUUAUGAUCUUUGACGACAACGUGUGGCACAACACCAGUGACCACAACACUCUGCAACAGUUCGCGGACACCAUAUUAGGGGACAAGGAGGCCGAGCAGUACGUGUCCGGCAUUGCCUAUCAUUGGUACGAGAGCUCAAAGACUGAUGAAUACCCGGACACUGUGUUGGAUGAGGUGCACACCAAACACCCCAACCAUUUCAUGCUAAUGACUGAAGCCUGUCAUCUGGAAGGGCUGGGCAAUGGGCGCUGGGAUUUUGGGGAACAUUACGCGCACGAUAUCAUUAGAGACUUGAAUCACUGGACCACCGGUUGGGUGGAGUGGAAUAUGGCGUUGGGUUUGAACGGCUGUCCCCGUUGUGGUACCGAUCAGUUCGGAACGGCUAUAGUGGUGGACAUCGAGAAGGGGGAGGCCUACAAACAGCCCACUUUCUACGCGAUCGGACACUUCAGUAAGUUUUUGUCACCCGAUUCCGUACGCAUUGGCCACCAGUUGGGGAAAGCCUUGAAUAAUGUGUUUGUGUUGACAAUGAAACGGAUGGACAAUGCGAUCGUUGUUGUGGUCCUCAACCAAAAUGAAAAUCUGGUCACUCACUUAAUGAACCGGAAGUCGAUCCUUCGUCCGAGACUUCAGGUCAACAAUUCACUUAAUGUUACACUACAACUAAUAAUGAAUCUGGAUGCAAUUAACGUAAACAAAGUAUUACCCCUUGAGCUCCGGGAUGUUUCUGCCGGUAGUCAUCUUUUUAAGAUCGACGCGGCCUUCACUUACCAGUCGACUGAUGUCCUACUCAUACAGAAAGACAAGUACUUUGCGGUCGAUAUUAAGAACUUGUGUCAAAGCCUGAACGGUGUGGCUCAAGGGUAUCAGUCCAGCGAUGUCUCUGAUCUAAACGUUGGGCCGACUGUGGAUGCGGUCACAGACAUAGAGGACGACAAGAUAUUGCCCUUUCAGUACCCGUCCUAUUGGCAAAUGGCAGUCAAUCUCAGUCAAAGGGAAAGCUAUGGAGGGCUCAGCCAUGAAUCUCGUCGAAGAAUUCUUACGAUAUCAUAG